AUGCAGUUAAGUGCCCUCCUCCUCUUUCUUUUAAUAUCUCAAACAGAAGAAAGGGCGACAAAAACCAAGAAGUCUCAAAGCAUCACUUCACCAUUUGUGCCAACUUUUAGAAGAGAUUCUGUGGAAAGUAUUCCAGAUAUCGUUUAUACUUUAGACAGAAGUUCUUCCUACAAAUCAGGGCAAUCUUUGCCCUUCAGAUCGGCUGUCGAAAAUAUACCAGACCCAAUCGAAACGAGUAAAAGAUUGCCACUAAGAGACGCUGUGGAAAGAAGGCCUCCACCAGACGAAGCCUUCGACCCUGAGGUGGAUAAGGAACCCAUCGACAAUGAGCUGGUAACCAGUAAGAACCCGCUGGAACAGUAUGGGAUCUAUGCAGGCAUACCACCGUACCAAAAUGGGUACCCUUAUAAUCUACUACCCAAUGGCGUCAUCAGUCAAAAUUUGCCUAUCCAGCAGGCUAUCCAAAAAACUUUUUACUCGCCCGUACAAGUCUUUAGGAAUAUCAUAGGAGAUUAUAGACAAGCUGCCCCAUAUAGAGUCGACAAUCAUUACCAACAACUGUACACGCAUAGGGAUAUACCACGAGGUGCUAGGAGUUUGUACCCCAGCAAUCCUUAUUUUAGAAAUGGACUUCAAAACGAGGAUAGUGAAGGAGAAAAAAGGAUUGUAUGUUAUAUACAAGGCGCGGCGGCCUAUAGAAAAGAACCUCUAGCCUUCAAAGCUGAAGACUUGGAUCCAUUUGCCUGUACUCACGUGAUUUAUGCGUUCGCUUCGAUCGAUCCACAUUCCUUCAGCAUGAUUUCCAAUGAUGAUGAAUUUGAUAUUGUCCAAGGUGGUUAUAGAGCCGUCUCAGGCCUUAAACGUCAAAAUCCAAAACUGAAGGUUCUGAUUUCGGUUGGCGAGGCACGUGAAGAUAGAUCCAACAGGUUCACCAACAUGGUAUCGAGUGCGGGCAGGCGACGUGAUUUUAUCCGAUCCGUGAUUCACUUCAUGGAGAACUACGAUUUCGAUGGGUUAGACAUAGCCUGGCAAUAUCCCGGCGCCGAGGAGCUAGGCGGUCACAUAACCGACAAGGAAUAUCUCGGGUUAUUCUUGGAGGAGCUUUCCGAGAUUUUCGUGCCUCGCGGUUGGUUGUUGACACUGUUGGUGCCCGCUAACAGAUUCAGGAUUGGUGAUGGUUACGUCCCCGCCGAAUUGGCCAACUUGAUUGAUUUCGUAAACUUGCAAGCCUACGAUUUUCAUAAGGACAGAGAACCAGUUGCUGAUCACCAUGCGAAUUUGUCACCGAGACCUGAUGAUAGCGGUCUUAACAUUUUCAAUAGCGUUGACUACGCGGUUAACUUCUGGUUGAAGAAAGGCCUACCUAGAUCCAAAUUGGUUGUUGGUCUUCCAUUUUAUGGUAGAACAUUUACACUUCAGAAUGCCAACGAUACAGAUAUAGGCGCACCAAUAAGAGGACCGGGACGUGAAGGAUUUUACACUCAACACCCAGGAUUGUUGGCUUACUUUGAAAUUUGCGAUUUAAUAAUCAACGAAGGCUGGUAUAAGACCAACGACGAAUCAGGCGCCCCCUACGCCGUUAACGGUGAUCAGUGGGUCGGUUUUGAUGAUCCAGAGAGCCUUGAAAGGAAGGUUAAUUACGUGAAACAAAAUCAACUUGGAGGCGUGUCAAUAUGGACUACCGAUAUGGACGACUUUAAAGGAUUGUGUGGCGAAAAAUGGCCUCUCUUGAAUACAGUAAAUAAAUUCUUUAAAGGGCCCGAAUACCCAACAUUACACGCAGAUUUAAACCCACCAACUAAACCAUAUGGUACUUGUAAACACAAUGGUUUUUACAGCGAUCCCAGAAACUGCGGGGCUUACUACGUGUGCAAAAAUAGACUAAGCUAUCAUCUUUCUUGUGGCGACAAAAUGAUGUUUGAUCCAGCUACAGGCAAAUGUGACUACAUCAGCAUAGACAAAUGUAGCCCAGGACACGCAGUAUACAUUCCAAACAGUUUAAAGGAAAUUGAAGUAUCCCUUUCGAACUCCCUAUCACGUAUCGAGGUUUCUAAAUCCGCUGGACCUAAAGUUGUUUGUUACAUGACUAACUGGUCGUUCUAUAGAAAAGGGGAAGGCAAAUUCGUACCUGAACAUAUCGACCAAACUCUUUGUACUCACGUAGUUUACGCUUUCUCAAGUUUGGAUCCAGAAAAGUUGUUGUUGAAAGAGUUUGAUCCAUGGGCAGAUUUAGAUAACAAUUUAUAUGAAAGAGUGACAGCCCUGCAAGACACUAAAGUUCUUCUUUCGUUGGGUGGAUGGACUGAUUCAGCAGGAGACAAAUACUCGCGCUUGGUAAGCGAUGGAUCUGCUAGGAGAAGAUUUGUAGUGGGAGUUGUGGGAUUUUUACGUAGACAUGGUUUCCAAGGUCUUCACUUUGAUUGGAAUUACCCAGUCUGCUGGCAAAGCAACUGCAAAAAGGGACCUGCAUCUGAUAAACCAAACUUCACCAAACUGGUUCAGGAACUUCGUCAGGAAUUCAAUAGACAAAGUCCAAGACUGAUUCUUGCAGCUGCUAUUUCUGGUUAUAAAGAAGUAAUCGAUGUUUCAUAUGAUUUACCAAUGUUGGGCCAAUCCUUGGACUUUAUAUCUGUGAUGACAUACGACUACCAUGGCGCUUGGGAAAGGCAAACUGGACAUGUAAGUCCACUUUAUGGGCAACCUGGAGAUAAAUAUCUGCAAUACAAUACCAACUACACAAUGCAGUAUCUUCUUGCUAAGGGAGCCCCAAGGGAAAAAUUAAUAAUGGGUGUUCCAUUCUACGGACAAACGUUCACUCUAUCAAAACCAAAUAACUACGGAGUUGGUAUUCCUUCUGCCGGACCUGGUGAAGCAGGCGAGUUUACUAAGCAACCCGGAAUGUUGGCCUACUACGAAAUCUGUAGCAGAAUCAGAAACAACAGGUGGAUCGUUAACAGAGACCCAACAGGACCUUUCGCGCAUGCUAGAGAGCAAUGGGUUGGAUUUGAAGACGUUAAUUCCGUUAAAGUAAAGGCUGACUAUAUUAAAACCAAUGGAUUUGGAGGUGCUGUAGCUUGGACUAUUGACUUGGACGAUUUUUCUAAUCGUUGUUGCGAAGGAACCUUCCCCUUGUUACGAGGAUUGAAUGAAGCUUUAGGUAGAGUAUCGCAUGUACCUCAUCACGGCGAUUGCACCAAACCUCCAGAACCAUCCACACCGGCACCACCGCAAACUACAACUGGUGUGGACUCUGGAGCUAGUAGUUCUGAACAUCACCAUGGAGAAUGGACUACGGAAGCAACCAAGCCCACAACUACAAAACCUUGGUGGACUACCACCACCAGACGUCCUACCAAACCCACCACCACAAGUCCUUGGUGGACAAGUACUUCAACCACUACUACUACUACUACAAGUACGACAACAAGGAGACCUACAACCACUUCUGCCCCAUACAGGCCCCCAUCCACUACUCCCCCAAUAUGGGAAAGACCUCCAGGCACAACAAUUCCUCCUCCAGCUGUUAUUAUGCCAGAAGUCGACAAACCAAUGCAGCAAUGCGAACCUGGGCAGUAUCUACCUGACAAACAAAACUGCAACGCUUUCUACAGAUGCGUCCUUGGCGAACUUAGAAAACAAUACUGCGCAGGAGGUUUACACUGGAAUCGAGAAAAAAAUAUCUGCGAUUGGCCGUUGGAAGCUAAAUGUCGCGAAGAAAUGCCAUCAUACGUACCAACAACAACAACCACUCAAAGACCAACAACAUGGCAGAGCUGGCAGACAAAACCAACACAAUCCAACUAUCCAACUACCAGUUCAACUGAAAAAGCUCCAGGCAUAUCCCAAUUGGUUGAAGAAACCUGUAACACCGGUCAAUACUACCCACACGAGUCCUGUACGAAUUUCUAUGUUUGCGUCAACAACAAUUUGGUAGGGCAAAGUUGCGCUCCGGGUCUUAGCUGGAAUGCUGAAGUAGGAAUAUGUGAUUGGACUUACAGGGUUAAGUGUCUUGGAAGGAAGAGAUUGGCUGAGAAGUAUACUUAUAAUUUGAUUAAAGGCAGUCCACAACCAUAUUCUUCGUGUACCGAAGGAAGCUUUGCUGGUAUGUCUGGUGAUUGUAACCAAUACAUGCAUUGCUUAUGGGGUAAAUAUGAAGUAUAUCAAUGUGCACCUGGACUACACUGGAAUAAUGACAAGCAUAUCUGUGAUUGGCCUGCCAUUUCAAAAUGUAAAGACAACAGUGUAGAAGGUUCAAAUCCAAGCUAUGAUCCAGUGGCGCCAACUUACAAACCACCAACCACCACACCGGAAACAACAACCAAUUGGGAAUGGAAACCGGAAAGUACCACUCAGUGGAAACCACCGAGCACAACUGAAAGCACUGGCGGUGCUUGGGAAUGGCAUCCACCAAUUCCACCGACUUCGGAACAACCACCACUGUCUGAAGAAUUAAAACCGCAAUCUGGGUACUUCAAAGUUGUUUGCUACUUUACCAAUUGGGCUUGGUACAGAAAGGGUCUUGGUAAAUAUUUGCCAGAAGAUAUCCAUCCCGACUUGUGUACUCAUAUUGUUUACGGAUUUGCUGUGCUCGACUUUGAAAACCUGGUCAUCAAGGCUCACGAUUCUUGGGCUGAUUUUGACAACCAAUUCUACAAAAGAGUUGUUGCAUUUAAAGAAAAGGGCGUUAAGGUUUCUAUUGCUAUUGGUGGAUGGAAUGAUUCGCAAGGAGAUAAAUACUCACGUUUGGUCAACAAUCCAGCUGCUAGAGCUAGAUUUAUCACCAAUAUUUUGGCGUUCUUGGAAAAACACAACUUUGACGGUCUUGAUUUGGAUUGGGAAUAUCCAAAAUGUUGGCAGGUUGAUUGUAAAAAAGGUCCUGAUUCCGACAAAGAAUCAUUUGCCGCCUUUGUGACAGAACUUAAGACAGCCUUUAGACCUAAGGGAUACCUUCUAUCAGCUGCUACAUCUCCAAGUAAAACUGUUAUUGAUGCCGGAUACAAUGUACCAGUCUUGGCUGAGAAUUUGGAUUGGGUUGCUGUUAUGACAUACGACUUCCACGGACAAUGGGAUAAACAAACUGGUCACGUAGCACCUCUUUACUAUCAUCCAGAUGAUUCCGUGGCAUUCUACAACACGAACUACUCUAUUAACUACUGGAUAUCUGAAGGUGUUCCACGAAGGAAGAUCGUCAUGGGUAUGCCACUGUACGGUCAAUCAUUUAUGUUGGGUGACGAAGCCAACAACGGUCUUAACGCACCUGCUCCAGGUCCCGGUGAAGCCGGUGAAUUCACAAGGGCUGCUGGUUUCUUGGCUUACUACGAAAUUUGCGACAACAUCAAGAACAAGGGAUGGACUGUUGUAAAAGAUCCUGAGAGGAGACUUGGACCCUACGCUUACAAGGGCAACCAGUGGGUAUCAUUCGAUGAUCAAGAGAUGAUAAGAAUUAAGUCAGAGUACAUCAGGAAGAUGGACCUUGGUGGCGGUAUGAUAUGGGCUUUGGAUUUGGACGACUUCAAAAAUAGAUGCGGUGAAGGAAGACAUCCCUUGCUGACAGUUAUCAGAAACGUCCUGGCUGAUCCUGGUACAGGUACUGCUAUGGUACCACAGGCACCAAUUAAACCAUCAAGUCCACAACCUAUUGUUGAAGCUGAACACCAGGAAUUGAACCAGGAAAGCUUAGAGCACCCAGAUAAUGAUAUUUUCGAUCAAAACGACUCUGAGUACAAGGUUGUUUGUUACUUUAGCAACUGGUCUUGGCUAAGACAAGGUUCCGGGAAAUACUAUCCAAACAAUGUUGAUCCGGAAUUGUGUACCCAUAUUGUUUACGCUACAGCGGUGUUGGAUAAGGAACAACUCAUUAUUAAACCUUUAGAUACAUGGACCGAUAUUGAAAACAAAUUCUACGAAAAGAUCACUGAAUUCAGAUCUAAGGGCAUCAAAGUACUUCUAUCCAUCGGAGGUUUCGCUGAUUCUUCAAUGGACAAAUACUCAAGACUCGUUCACAAUCAUUCGUCAAGAAGAAAGUUCAUUACCCACGCUGGCGAUUUCCUUAGAAACAACAAUUUCGACGGUCUCGAUGUAAACUGGCAAUAUCCAAAAUGCUGGCAAUCAGAUUGCAGUAAAGGCCCCGACUCCGACAAAGAGGCAUUCAGCGAUUUUAUAAGAGAAUUGAGUACUUCAUUUAGACCUAAGGGUUUGCUGUUAUCUGCAUCGAUAUCGCCAAGCACCAAGGUGAUUGCCGAGGCAUACGAGUUACCUGAACUCACGAAGUAUGUGUCUUGGUUGCAUUUGAUGACCAAAGAUUUCCAUGGCGAAUGGGAGGAAUCCACCGGACAUGUGGCGCCUAUGUAUGCCAGACCUGAGGAUGAUGAUCCAACAUACAAUGCUAAUUAUUCUGUUAACUACCUAAUUGAUAAUGGUGUCGAUAGAAGAAAGUUGAUCAUGGGCAUUCCCUUGUAUGGUAACUCGUUUACGUUGGCUGAUCCAAAUCAGCAUGGUUUGUAUGCUGCUACAGUGGGAAGUGGGGAAGCUGGUGAUCAGACCAAGACAAGAGGAUUUUUGGCUUACUAUGAAAUCUGUAACAACAUUCUAAAGAAAGAAUGGAGUGUCGUAAGAGACCGUAAGGGACGCGUGGGACCAUAUGCUUACAAAGGAAACCAAUGGGUAGGGUUCGAUGAUAUUGGUAUGAUAAGGCACAAAUCCGAGUACAUUAAAGCAAUGGGACUCGGUGGUGGUGUUGUUUGGGCUUUGGAUCUUGACGACUUUAAAAAUGAAUGUGGUUGCGAAAAAUACCCCCUCCUUAGAACAGUCAACAGAGUACUAAGAAAUUACGCCAAACCUGCACCUAAAUGUGUUUUGGGCAGACCUCAAAAGAAACCUUCAACUAUGUCACCACUAAUCACAACACCUGUUACCAUAUCACCAGCAAACUACAAUCCAAGCUUUGUGGUAGUACCACUAAACGAAACCAGCUGCGUUGGAAAAUUGUUUAUGCCUUCAGACAAAUGCAAUGAAUACUACGUGUGUAACCAAGGACAACUCUUGUUGCAAUCUUGUCCAGGCGGAUUAUUCUGGAGCAGGGAUCAUUGCGAUUGGCCGGAAAAUACCGCAUGCCAUCCAGAUGUUACAACUCCCGAACCGGUUAUAGAUCCUGUAAUGGAAGUUACAACAUCUAAACCGAUUUACCGCCCACCUAUAACACCACCAUCGGUACCUGGAACUUCAAGUCCACCAGGAGAUUACAAAGUUGUUUGCUACUUUACAAACUGGGCCUGGUAUAGACAAGGUGAUGGCAAAUAUUUGCCUUCUGACAUAGAUGCUUCCUUAUGUACACAUAUUGCUUAUGGGUUUGCUGUAUUAGAUGCUAACACUUUGACCCUUAAACCACACGACACAUGGGCUGAUAUAGACAACGAUUUCUAUAAGAAAGUAACUGAUCUCAGAUCCAAAGGAGUAAAGGUAGUCUUAGCUCUUGGAGGAUGGAACGACUCUUUAGGAAAUAAAUACUCAAGGCUUGUUAAUGAUCCUGGUGCAAGAUCGAGGUUUAUCCAACAUGCAAUGCAAUUUAUUGAAAAAUGGAAUUUCGAUGGCUUAGAUUUAGAUUGGGAGUAUCCAAAAUGCUGGCAAGUUGAUUGCAACAAAGGCCCAGCUUCAGACAAACAAGGUUUUGCUGCUUUGGUAACAGAACUGAGCAAUGCCUUUAAACCUAAAGGUUUGCUUCUUUCAUCUGCUGUAUCCCCAAGUAAAGCUGUAAUAGAUGCAGGAUAUGACGUGCCAACUUUAAGCAACCAUUUCGACUGGAUUGCUGUGAUGACCUACGACUUCCAUGGUCACUGGGACAAACAAACGGGACAUGUUGCCCCAUUGUAUUACUACCCAGGAGAUACAUAUGACUACUUCAACGCUAACUUCACAAUAAACUACUGGAUAGAAAAAGGCGCAAGCCCCAAAAAACUUGUCAUGGGAAUGCCGCUGUAUGGUCAAUCGUUUAGUUUGGCAGACACAAGUAAACUUGGUCUUAAUGAGAAGACCUAUGGGCCUGGCGAGGCCGGUGAAUUUACAAGGGCUGGAGGAUUUUUGGCUUUCUACGAGAUUUGCGAACGCGUUAAACGUGGUGGAUGGACAGUAAAGAGAGAUCCUUUGGGACGUAUUGGACCAUAUGCUUACAGAGGAAACCAAUGGGUUUCAUAUGAUGAUGUUUCCGAAAUCAAGAGAAAGUCCCAACUGGUCAAAGAUCUCGGUCUUGGUGGUGGGAUGGUUUGGGCUCUGGAUCUCGACGACUUCAGAAACAAAUGCGGGUGCGGUAAACAUCCUCUUCUCAAAGCAAUGAACAGAGAACUUAGAGGAAUGCCAGCAGGUGAAUUUGACGACUGCACAUAACAAUUGUAACCUCAACAUAAGCACAUAGGACUGAAUUUAUCAUUUUUAAUUUAUUUAAGUUUGCUCAGUUAAUUUGUGAUGCUUGGAAAUAUUUUUCUUCUUUAGAAUGUCGUCGACGUUUUAAAGGAUAUCAAAAUAUUUUUUAGGGUUAAUUAUCUUUCUAUGAUAUUAAAUAAAAUAUGGUAUCUAUAUUAA